AUGCCGCCCCCCCUGUGCCUCCGCUGCCGCCGCCCCGCCGCCCUCCGCCGCCCGCGCACCGGCGAGGCGCUGUGCCGCCCCUGCUUCGUGGCCGCCUUCGAGGCCGAAGCCCACCGCGCCCUGCUGGCCGGCGGCCCCCCGCGGCCCGGCGAGACCGUGGCCGUGGCCUCCUCGGGGGGGAAGGACUCGGCGGUCCUCGCCCACCUCCUCGCCCGCCUCGAGGGGCGCCACGGCUACGGCAUGCGCCUGGUGCUGCUCUCGGUGGACGAGGGCAUCGCCGGCUACCGCGACGCCUCGCUGGGGGCCGUGAGGAGGGGGCGGGGGGCUCUGCCCCUCCUGGUGGUCUCCUUCGAGGAGCUCUUCGGCUGGAGCAUGGACCGGGUGGCGCGGCGCCUGGCGGGGGGCGCCAGCCACUGCACCUUCUGCGGGGUGCUGCGGCGGCAGGCGCUGGAGAGGGGGGCCAGGCUGCUGGGGGUCGACCGGAUCGCCACGGGCCACAACGCCGACGACAUUGCCGAGACGGUGCUGAUGAACUUCCUGCGCGGGGACGUGGCCCGGCUGCGCCGCGCGGCCACCGAGGCCACCGGCGGCCCGUGGCCCGCGGUGCCCCGUUGCAAGCCCCUGCGCCACGCCUACGAGAAGGAGAUCGUCCUCUACGCCUACUUCGAGGGCUUGGAUUACGUCAGCACCGAGUGCGUCUACGCCCCCCACGCCUACCGGGGCCACGCGCGGGCUCUCCUCAAGGACCUGGAGGCCACCCGGGCCAGCACGGUGGCCGCCCUGGGCCACUCGGGCCGCCGGUUGGCGGUGGCCACCCAGGUGGCCACCAAGACGUUGGGGGCUUGCGGCCGUUGCGGCUACGCGGCCAGCCAGCCCCUCUGCAAGGCCUGCGUCCUCCUGGCCUCGCUCGAGCGCGGGUUGCCCCGCUUGGGGUUGGGCAAGAGGGGCAAUUGGGAGAGGAAAUGGGGGGCAAUUGGGGAGUUCUGGGGGUAG